AUGAACUGGGUCGGGGGCAGCCGGAGCAGAGUUAUACUGAAGCAGCAAAGGCGGAAGCAAAAGGAAUUCUUUGAGAAGAAGAAACUUAAAUCAAAGAUGAAGCUUUUAGAAGCAUCCUCCUCUCCUAAAAGUUCAGCAGUCAGUUUAGAUCUCCUCAAUCUAUAUGUUGUUAACCAAAUAUCAACGAAAAAGGACAAUGCUGAGAACGUGAGGAAACCAGUCCACGUUGACAUGAGUGGAGGCUUAAACAUACCUGUUAAAAGACACAACCUAGAACUUCCCGUGUCACCACCACGCACCCAAUAUACAUCAAACUUAGAUGACAUCCAGAACAGGUUGCAAAAACAAGUAAUGGACAGCAGAAGGCAGCAUCUUUCAGAGAAAGCAAAAUACCAGAAUAAUUUAUCACAAGUUACAGAGUUAACUUAUGCUGACUCUAGCAUGGGACAUGAAGAUGACCCUGCAGCAGCCCUUAGUGCUGGUCCACUGUCAUCUUCAGUUUUUUGGUCUUCUAACUGUACACAGUCUUCAAAAGAAAAUUUCAAUACAAACUUAAUGUGGAACUCUUGGGAGCAGUCCUAUGAAGAGAAGCAGGAAAAACAGGAAGGAGAUAUUUCUGAUCAAGACCCUUGGAUGCUGAAAACCCCAAGCCAGUGCAUUUUCAAGCAGUCUGAUACAGAACUUCAGGAACUGUUCAAGCCAUUGAAUAGGCCAGACUAUACGAAUUCUGCCAGCAAAAAUCCAGUGAUAAUGACCAGUAAAGAACCAGAAAGUAUCGAAAGAAUAAAUGAGCCUUUUUUUAGUGUUGUGAAAGAACCCGCAGAACUGGUACCUCCCCAAGAUGAACGUCAUUGUUCCUUCCUGACAAUGUUUGAAGAUGAGAGCCAGCCAGACCAUAAUAAUCUCUCCACGACGCAUUUUAAUCCUUUUGUUAACCAAAGCAGUACUGCCAAUCUUUUCACUGGUCCUGAUGACAGAAACCAAAUGACCGACAGAAGUUUUACUUACGAUACUGGGGAGGUUCAUCCUGCAAUUAAUGCAAAAGGAGGCUCUAUAGACAGACACCUUAAAGGCAUUUUCACAGCUCCAGAACAGGUUUUAUUUAACAGUAACUGUAUCUCAAGUGCAAGCUACAAGGAAAACAGAGAACCUUAUAAAACCUGUCUGCAGGCCUAUCACGAGAGACAAUACUACUUGGCACCCCCUGAAAACAGAGAAGAACCUGCAAAACUUGAAAAACAUGAGGCAUUCACUUACCACCACAGUCAGCAGAUUAACUUAAACGAAGAUUUGCAGAGCCACUCAAGAAAAAAGAGUGACAAGAAGAAUGUGAAAGAAUCAGCUUGGAGACAGGGACAGCUCUUUGGAUUUGAAGCGUUUGCAACUGUGCAAGAGAAGGAGUAUAAGUCUGGAGUGAGUCCAAAACUUCAUGAGCUGAAGACAGACAUGGAGUCCUCGCCGAGCAGCCGGUCCCCCAGUUACUCCCCUAGGCAGACGGAGAGCUGCUUCAGCUCCAGCCCUGACCUGUCUGAAGAGGAGGACGCAGCUGGGAAGAAGGAGUGUCUCAGUGCACAGCCCUGGCAGAUAGGCAAAGCCAGUCUCACCACAGUGGAACCCCGCAGGAGCUCUCCGUCCGGAACGAGCCGCGGCGCCCGAGUACCUCAGCGUGGCGAGCGCGCCGCCUGCGAGGCGCCCGGCCGCCUCCACAGCGUGAGGCAGCGAGCGGCCGCACGGCUGCGCGGCCUUCACGUGUGGGGAAGGGACAACUGA